CUGCUAUUACCUCGAGGUCGGCUAAAAUCCGAUCCUCGAGAGGCAGUGAGAUAGACCGAUGAUGUGACUUCUGAUCAAAACCUGUUUGAUUUCGUUACUAGGGUCUAUCCUCACUCAUUCGCUCAAGAUGGGAGCCUAUCGUUACGUACAGGAGCUGUACCGCAAGAAGCAGAGCGAUGUUAUGCGCUACCUGCUGCGAGUUCGCGUGUGGCAGUACCGUCAGCUGACCAAGUUCCACCGUGCCCCCAGGCCAUCCCGCCCGGACAAGGCCCGCCGCCUGGGCUACAAAGCCAAGCAAGGAUUCUCGAUCUUCCGAGUGCGUGUACGCCGCGGUGGUCGCAAGCGCCCGGUUGCCAAGGGUUGCACCUACGGUAAACCCAAGAGCCAGGGUGUCAACCAGCUGAAGCCAUACCGCUGUCUGCAGUCCGUUGCUGAGGAACGUGUUGGUCGCCGUCUGGGAGGUCUACGCGUCUUGAACUCCUACUGGGUUGCCCAGGAUGCCGCCUACAAAUACUACGAGGUGAUCAUGGUCGACACUGCGCACAAUGCCAUCCGUCGCGAUGCCAAGGUUAACUGGAUUUGCGAGGCCGUUCACAAGCACCGUGAACUGCGUGGUCUCACCUCGGCUGGCAAGAGCAGCCGCGGGCUGGGCAAGGGUUACCGGUAUGCCCAAACCAUCGGAGGAUCGCGGCGGGCUUGCUGGCGUCGCCGCAACCGUCUGCACAUGCGCCGUUACCGUUAAGAUACCGUUUGAUCACCGCCGCUCGGUUGUGGUUAUUUUUGUUCUGAACAGAUCAAUAUAAGAGUGAUGA